AUGUCGGGGAAUACAAACGACGACUACUUCUCCGAGCCGGACGAAGACGAUGACGACGAAAUCGACUUUGUACCGGGAGCCGAAGAGGACGAUGAUGAUGACGAGGACGAAGCGCUUCUGCUACUCGACGGAGAAUUAUCACUGGAUUCGAAUCAAAAACUCCGUUACCGAGGAGAAGGCUUUCGAUUAGAAUCCAGUUUACCCAUUCCGUGGAAUGUGUUGGAUAUUAGAGCAGCACAAUCGUUCAAAGGCUCAGCGACGCAGAACCGAACCCUGGAAUUCGUCAUGAUGGGACCGUGCGAUCUGCAUCCAAGCCAAGGAAAACCCACACCGCGGACGAUGCAAGUCACUUUGACGUUACAAGACGCCAAGUCCUCCGUGUCGAUCCUCAAUAGAAAGGGGAAAACAGUUGGGACGCAGGAAGGAAAUGAAGAAGAGGAUCUUACACCUGAGUCGAAGGCAUCGUCCGUGAGUUAUAACAUCUACGGCAUUCAACAAGACGCAAACGGCGGUGAUUUGCUCGAAUUCCAGGGUGCUUUUGCUCCCGUCUCCAUUGAAAGUAAUGUAGACAAUGGAACAUCCAUUGCUUUGGUGUGUCGAGUAAGACUACUCCCACCUGCGCCAGCAGCAGUAACCACCGCAGCAACGUCGCCGGCGGCCGCCGUCGGCUCCACAGCCAAAGAUAGUAGCGACGAAGAUUUCGACGACGCGGACGACGAAGUCGAUUAUGAUGAACUGAUUGCUCUACAUGAAGACGCCGGUCUUUCGGUUGAUGAUUUGCGAAAACGGUAUCAUGAAGGUGAUGGUGGAACAACGACUACCGAAAGUCCCAGCAAACGCUCCAGGCAGCCCGCUGCGCAAUUCUCAUCAUCUCAACCAGAGAACGAUGAUGAUGGCGACGACGAUUUUGGGUUUUGAGACGUGGACCUAUCAUUGGGAUCUUUUUUCGUUACCGGUCACCUUGGUAAAUUACAACUAUGUAUUUUAAAUGAAUUGCAGAAAUUG